AUGGGCCGUAAAAAGAUCAAUAUCCAGCCUAUCCAAAGCGAUAGGAAUCGCAAGACAACGUAUAUCAAGCGGAAGGCUGGUCUUUUCAAGAAAGCGCAUGAACUAGCUGUACUCACCAAUUCAGAUGUGGCAGUGUUGGUCUUUGGUCCCAACGGAAAGCUGGCUGAAUUCUGCUCCGGUGAGAUUGAAGAGCUUCUACUCCGAUAUACGGAGCACCAUGGCACCAUAGAACGCCGUGGACGUGAACACUUUACUCGUAUGGGUCAUGAAUCGCCUUGUCACGAACCUAUUUCAUCUCCACGAAAUCUGACAAACCGUCGUAAUACCAGUGUGCUGGCUACUAUGCGGGGUCGAAUCGACAGCUGGGAUGCCCAUCACAGCCAAAAGGCUCAUCAGACGACCGCGAAAGUCGCGCGAGCUGCUUUCCAACCAGUUGCUUCUCACGCUACCCAGGACGACCUAUCUUUAGAGAAGAGGGCAUGUCCCAUGACAACCGAACACGCAUCCAUGAAUGAGUCCAAAGAUUGGGCUGCAGACUUACAACGAAAUGUGCUUACGAACAUGUCAAGCCACCCCUCAGACGGCGCGCCGACAGAUCGGCCGAUGCCGGAACAUGUGCCCUUAUCACGACGGUGGCCACAAUCUGUCGAUCUGGGCCUGUUGCUUUCGCCUGCCGACUAUCUGAUGACAAAUGCGGUCGGCAAAGAUCGUUUUGCUCCCGAUGCACAGGCUUCUGUGUCGCAGCACACCUAUGCACAGAAUACAACCCAGACGUCUGCUCCUCGUUUGCACAUCACGCCCACGACGAAUGACUCGCCUGGUAAUACACCGGCUGUCUCUCUCUCUAUGCCAGCUUCACCAAUGUCGCCAAUACACCUUGUGCAAAAUGUAGGCGAGUCAUUGCUUCCGAACCGGUCGUGCUCAUGCCCUCAUACGACCUCGCCCUUCGUGUCGUCGCUUGAUCAUGCCGCUAUACCCAUUCCCCACACCUUCGCUAUGAAAUUGCAGCCGCAGCCACGUCCAUGUCCCCACUCUUUGUCACCUAGAUCAUCUUGUCCAGAUGGUGCGCCCAGAUCGCCUCGAUCGGCCGACCCAUCCGACUUGUCUUCUCCCCAAUUCAAGAUGCAAGAAUUGCCCCCGCCGAUGUCAACCGUGUCUCCUCUUACGACGAACUUGGAAAAGCCUGGUCUUGUUGCCCAGGCGUCUUUGCAUGCGCCGCAUUCUAUGACACCUGCACCGAUCCUACUCUCCCCAUCACCUUAUCCAUCUGUGCCCCAUACCAUGUGA